AGAUGCAUCUGUAAUAAUUUUCCGAAACAUUCUAAACCUUUAAUUUACAACAUGCAGUUGACUGAUUCAAAUUGUUUCGACUUUCCAUCUUCUUCAAAUUAUGUAUAUACACUUAAUGAAGCCACAGAUGAUCAGUCCAGUUUCAUUCCACCCGAAGCAAUCAGUCAAGCCGACAAUCAAAAAUAUGCGUCGGACGGACUUUCAGCUACAUGUAUUGGAUUUUGUUGCCCUAUAUGUCACUGUCUUUUCAAUUCUUCCGAUCAAAUGUCUCGGCACUUGAAUAUCCAUAACACCGGCAAACCGUAUGUUUGUUCCCAUUGUAAUUCUUCAUUUAAUCAAGCUGAAAAUUUGUAUGUACAUAUUUCAUUACAUCACACAAUAUGUGAAAAUCAAGAUCAUUACAGUUGCUGCUUAUGUGACAAACAAUUCACUCGUUUCACUGCUUACAAAUCACACUUGUUGCUGCAUCAAGUCGAUGAAAAUUUUGUUUGUUCGGUUUGUGAACAGUCGUUCGAAUCAGUCUCUUUGUAUGAGAAGCACUUUCACAUAUGCACAAAUACCACUGUCAUUAGUAAAACUCCAUCUCAAUAUCGAUGUCGAGUUUGUGGAAUGCUCUUAUCUUCUGUUGGUAAAAUUAAACAACAUUAUCGCCGUAGGCAUCCUUGUUAUCGUCCACACUCUACGGUAGUCACAGAAACUAAUGUGCAGCCUUCGGUAGAUGUCAGUGCAGAAAAUAUCAGAAUUAGUAAACUUCGUGCUGCUGAUUAUCUCUCAACUGUACUAAAAGGAGACCGACGUCAAGGCAAGAACUCACAUCCUAUGUUGGAUCAGUUCAUUUAUCAAAUACCUGACGAAGAACCAAUUAUCCAGAACAGUUCUGAUGCAACAAAAUCAAAGCAUAAAAAGCGAAAAGCCCCUUAUUUGUGUUCAGUGUGCCAUAAAAAGUUUGUCAAACCUUCCUUACUUAAACGUCAUAUGACAAUACAUACAAAAAAUAAAUCAUACGAGUGUGUAUUGUGUCACGCUAGAUUCACCCAAAAAUCUUCUGCAAAGACACAUGUGCUGCUUCAUAUUAGUUCACUGAAUCUCCAUCCGAGCUAUCGCUCCACAGAAAAUGGUAUAGAGUCGUCGCUUCCUGUAAUGGCAAUCAACAGUGGCUUACAGGAAAAUGCUGCGAACACAUUUCAUGGUUUAGAUUCUCACACAACACUUCAUGUAGACUCUGGUAUUGAAAUCUUGACUUUCCCGGAUCAGAAUGAUACCUUAAACUGUACAGCUCUUCCAAAUAACCCUGUUAUUUUACAGUCAUUUAUUCCUCAGUAUCAUGCAACAGGAAAUAACUUAGAUGAAAUAAGAACUGAUCACCUUGAUCCCAAUCUUAUCCCCUCAGUUCCUACCUCAAAUCUGGAGAUAAAUUAUUCUUAUCCCCAAAUGUUUGGUUGUCCAGUGUGUUAUAAAACAUUCCGACUAUCUAGAAGCCUGGCAGUGCAUAUGCUGCGUCAUUCCGUAGUUGAUUGUAAAAGUUAUGAACGGACCCCAGGUACUGAAGAUUCAAUUAAGCGGAAACGUAGGCGAAAUAGAUGGACUACCAAAAUAUACGAUAAAUCUAAAAACUCAUGUUCAAGAAAACUCCUACAUAAAUUUAAUCGGUGUAUUCAUUGCUUCAAGGUUUUCCGAUCUGUAAAUCGCUUAAAACUGCAUAUUUACAAAACUCACCAUGGCAGUUGUACUAUAUUUCUGUGUCGCAGAUGUCCUCGUAGAUUUAUAUCUAGCUUGGGUUUAAAAAGGCAUAUGAAUCUACGUCAUCGUUGUGUGAAAGGUAACAAUAUUUGUCCUAUAUGUCAAACAUUAUUUUUGAAUUUGUCGGCAUUAAAGUCUCAUAUGAAUAUUCAUUCUAGUGAACGGCUAUUCAGCUGUUAUAUAUGCCAUAAGAGAUUUCAGUUCCUUCAUUCUUGUCGUCAGCAUGUACUUAACCAUUCCAUUAUUAAAUGUAAUAAAAAACGGAUACAUAAUGUACGAAAAAUGUCGGAAUCUUGUACAACCGAUAUAGUAAAAGUUCCUAAAUAUCCUAUUCUCCGAACUGUAAUUAUGGAUAGAUCAUCUAAAUCAAAAGAUGCAAGCUCAUGCUCAGAUCCCAACAUCACUGUAGGGGACUUCACGAAUACAGUUGCAAAGCUUUCUCUGUAUAACAAUACAGAGCCUAAUACUUUUAGCUCAGUUGUAGUACAUGGUCGGUUGCCGUCCAAUAACCUAAACGAUGUAUUUGUCCCACUACCGAAAUCUGUUUCUCAUCAUCAAACUCUCGAUUUUCCUACUGUAAUCAAUUUUGGAAAUAACUUCGAAAACUCAGAAAGUACUAGCGUAGUUACUAAACCUUUCAGUCAGUCUUCACAACAUCAAUCAGCUCUAUGGAUCAAUUCUUCAGAUCAAAAUCAACCUUAUUGUAUCCCAAAUAUUCCCUCAAAUAAUGUAGUAGAUCAAGCUCUUGACUUAUUGGUCAUUGAUGCUUCUCAAACAUUUAACUCAACAGAAGUGCCCAUCGAAGAUUCACUUGAUCCUUACCAAGAACCUGUUUUAUUGGCUCCAGAUAAUGUAGAAUCCCCAAAAUUAUCUUCAAACCUCAACAUAAAUUCCUUACUUAAUACUCAGUCUUUUAUGUGUACUGUUGAACCGUUGGAAGACAAUCGGGCAUCUACUAUUUGUUUCACUUCAAGUGCAUAUACAACUAACAUAAAUACAGCCAUUUCGGUAAUAAAUGAUUUUAAUCAAGUUGGUAAUGCUAGUCCUGUUCAUGAAACUCCUCAACCUCCUGAAAAAACUUGUUUAACCGUUCAUAAUUCAUGUUCAUUUGAAAAUACAACUUCUGGUAUCAUCAAUUCGAGUUCAUUUCCAAUGUUAUCAACACAACAGCUGUAUGGUUGUGGGUUAUGCAAUAUGGUUUACGGAGAUGCAGAAAGUUUACUUCAGCAUAAUCGUAUAUCUCAUAGUUAUGUUCCGAAAUCUUUUUCAUGUUCCGAAUGUCCGCGUAGUUUCACAAAUCCAACCCUGCUUCUUAGCCAUUCACGUAUACAUAGUUCAGAAUAUGAUGGGAUACUGAAUUGUCCUUUGUGUCCCAUGUCUGUAUUCACUAAACAAUCGGCUCUUAGUCGCCACAUUAUCUAUUGCCAUCCACUGCCUCUCUCAGAACCGUUUAUGUGCACAAACUGUGGCAUGCGAUUCAUGAUGCUUCGCUGUUUGAAAUCUCAUGUGAAUAAUAUUUUGAAUGGUGUCGAUAUAUGUGUAUCGAAGUCAUCAGUUGAACAACAAGAAAGUAACAAUAUUGUGAUUAGCAAUGAACUACAGAACGAUGAAAACGCAACCCAAUUAAACAAAACGUCUAAUUUGAAGAGAAAUACUCAUCACGUAUCAAGUUUGUCCUCUAAAUUAGUUGACGAAAUAGCAAAGUUACAACCAUCAAAUCAUCUGUCCUUAUCAGAAAAAUAUUUGAUUAAAGCCGCUAGAGAACGCGUUGAGAAGACUGUCAGUUUUCCAAAAAAUUCCAUUGAUUCACAUUCACUAAACAACAAUCAGUCUAGUUUUCCUCUCAGUGGAAAUAUGUGUAAUAUAUGUCAUAAAAACUUUACAAGAAAAUCAGACCUUCGAUAUCAUCUCAAUAUACAUUCUGGAAUUCGACCAUAUGAAUGUGACAAAUGUCAUCGACGCUUUAUGAAACAUUCUCAACUGCGUCAACAUAAAUUUCAAGUACACGAAUUAAAUAUACCUAAACAACUUAUAACAUCUAAAAAGAAAGCAUUAAUGAAACAUGCCCUUAUCUGUCAUUUAUGCGGUUCCGGGUUCUCGUCUAGAAGCAGUCUACGCUUACAUGUAAAAUUACACACUGGUACUCGAGGUUAUGGUUGUUCAAAUUGUAAUGCUGUUUUUCAUAACCCUAGUCAUAGAAAACGUCAUUUACUGAAGUGUAAAGCGAAUCUUCCAAGAAACAAUGAAUUGGCUACUUCUAAUUUUUCAUCCGCUUUGCAUCAGAAUAUUUCUGAACAUGAUGUCAUGAGCAUAAGUAAUCUCCAAGAAGGAAAUAAUUAUGAAUUAAAUAAAGUAUAUCAUUCUCUUAAAGAUUGUAUAUGUGAUAGUGGGGUUUCAGAACACUGUACCAAGUGUACUCUAUAUUUGGAUAUAUUAUUAUACUCAGAGGAAACACCAACCAACGAUGAGAUGCUUAAAAAUCACAUUUUAAAUUUACCAAAUAACAUAAAUAAUUCUGGUCCCGAACCAGUUAAUAUGUCAAUAGUUUAUCCUGAAAUUACAAACCACGGUGUUAACAACCAAGACAAUCUUGUCAAUCCUGAACAAUCCUUUGUUAAUCACAAUAUUUCAAACACUAUUGAUAUUGCAAAUGGACAACAGUGUCAAUAUCUUUUAGAUUCAGCUUGUGAUGUGAAUGAACUCAAUCAACACUUUAUCACUAACAAUAAUCACUUGGGCGAUACAAUUAAUAUUCAUGAUAGUAAUCAAGAUAUAAAUAAUAACACCAAUCCACUUGUUUUAUAUUCGGAUGAGAAUAUAUUUGGUUUUGUACCAUGUACAGAUAUUUACUGCAAUGAUACGUCAUACAAUAAUCCUGAACACUUGAAUGCUGCUUUAGAAAAUGAACCAAUGAAUUCUUCCAUGAAUACCAUUCAACCACUUAAUACCAAUACUACUGAUAAUGUCAAUAUAAGUAGUCAAAUCCAUGAUGAUAAUAAUAAUCUAACCACUUGUUUGACAAAAAAUACAACCAUAAUAAAAGCUAAAUCCAAUGUAAAAUAUUCUCAAAAUAAAAAAUUUCAACGUUUAUUCAAUUGUCCAACUUGUCAUAGGACAUUCACUAAGAGAUCAUCUUUAACUAGACAUGAACGAAUUCAUAGUAUGAUUAAACCUUUUGUAUGCCGAUUUUGUGGUGCUAGCUUUACUCAAAGCUUCAGUUUAACUAGUCAUGAAUUAAUACAUAUUGGUGAAAAACCUUAUAAAUGUUCACAAUGUAAUGCUAGCUUUCGUCAAUCAUGUAAUUUAAAAAGGCAUUUAAAAUUAGUUCACAAAUGAAUGCAUGUUAAUUAAUGUAGGAUAUUUAAAUACGUUCAGUUCUUUUUUUUUGCAUUUUUAUUCACAAACUGGGAAUUGUACUUUUGUAAAAAAAAAAAUUUAUUUAGACUAAAUAUUACUGGAAUAGUUAUGACUCAUACUUUAUAAUAUUUGAAUGUAACAUAUUUUCAUCUGAUUUGAUUAAAUCAGAUUAAAUUUACCUCAUUUUUUUUCAUUCAUUUCAUGCAUUCACAUACAAUUCACUAUCAAUAAAGCAUACAUUAAAUGAUGAUGAAUUAUAUCAAUGCUGUAUUGUGAUAAAUCAUAAGUAAAAUUUAAAAAUGCAUUUAUUAUUCACUUUAUGAUUCUAUUUCUUUUUUUAGUGUGUUCAUUAUUUUUUUGUUUUUCUUUUUUAAUGUUUGUAGAUAGAUGAAUAAUUACAUUUUUGUGUUACGAUAUUAUUGUACAUUUUUUUCAUAGAAAGGUAUUAGUUGUGUGUGUUGUACUCUGUUGUAAUAAUUUCAGCAUCAAAUAAUUCAGUCAAUUGGUUUGUAAACGUUGCGUAGAUUGAUUUUUAUUUUCUGUAUCUUAAAAUUAAUUGGAUUUUGUGUGUAUUGUUUUAAAAAUAAUUCUUCUUUGAAAUGCUUAGCCGGCCAUAAUAAAUCUCGUCAUUUCUGUAUAUGUCAC